AUGAAGAAGCAAUUGAUGAAACUAACCAGACGAUAUCUUUAUCCUUCAAUGCAAAGCUCGACUCAAAUGUCGGUAAAGGAAACCCUUCGAUAUGCAAUCAAACCAGGAACAACAGAAGCUGAGUUUCAAGUCGUCAUACAAGUAGCAACAAAGAGUUUCUGGUUGUUCUGUAAUCUAGCAUUUCCGUUUGCUCUCGCGGCAGCGUUAGUUCAAGUCGGGAAGCACUCAAGAAUCUCCUUGAAACUUGUGAUGGUCGCUCUUCUUUGCAUGUGGCUUUCUGUUAACUGUGUAGCGGUUGUAAGGCUGAGUCCUUUUCUUCAUUGCUUUCGGGUUUCUUCUACCUCAGUGAAGGACUGUUUCUUCUGUUAA